UAGAAUGAAAUGUGCUACUUCAACUGCUUCCAUAUUGGAAACUGGCCAAAUAAACAGUUUUUAAUUCAUAAUAUCUGUAAUGUACAAAUAUGGUAACCUUUUUUUUGACACAGGUGCUUGACUAAAAAAUAGUAUGAAAGAGAUCUACUCACAAUUGUGCUGUAUUGUUUGUUAAAGGCUGCAUGUACAUAGAUAAAUGAUACAGUGCAGCAAAAGCACAAGUUGGCUUUUCUAAAACAAUGUAGAAACAUGAGAACCCUAGUGUAAAGAACAAAAUGAUAGAUUCCAAUAGCAGAGAAUAGGAUAACCUGUCCCUAUGACUUUAGCACAUCAGUAGUACAAAACAGUAGACAUAGGGUGAGCUGUUUAUUGUACUCCUACGGUGUUGUUCUGCAGAGGAGAUACAGUAUGAUUUUGUUGACGAGGAGCGAGAAUGUCUUGCCAUUGAUAUCAGACUUUCUCCAAUGCAACGGGGGAAUGAGGGCCGUGUCUUGCUCUCCCUGUGAAAAUGUUUGAGACUAUCAGCUUAGUGUGUUUGACCGUUUCAGACCUUUUCAAAAAUCUGAACAUGGAGAAACAAUAGCUUAAUUACAUUUACUGAACUCAAGAAGUCUUAUUAAGCACAUCAAUAAUAGUGAACGCAUUUGUUUUUAAUUGAUUUUCUACUGGAAAUGUGUACAUCACUUUGUGUUCUUAAAAGAAGGACAUAAUAGACUGCACAUUUGUACAUGUUGACAGUAGGCUGUGUAAUUAUGCCAUUUAGUUGUCUGGAUAAGACAUAUAAACCUGUUUGUCUGUAAACGAUUUUCCUAAACAUUUAGUGUAGUUUGAUGUGAUCUCGUUUUUUUUUUCAUGCUUUGCAAGUAGUAGGCCUAUUAAACAUUCAAUUGCAAAUAUGAAUGCCUAAGGAGGUGCCUAAGAAUUACACUCCAUGUCCUAAUCCAAGUUGUACCAGGCUCACUGAAAUCAUCUUCUCGCUCUGCUCCAGGUAUAACUGUCACUAUGGCAACCAGUGCUGUUCCCAGUGACAAUCUACCCACUUAUAAGCUGGUUGUGGUGGGGGAUGGGGGCGUAGGGAAGAGUGCUCUCACCAUCCAGUUUUUUCAGAAGAUCUUUGUCCCUGAUUAUGACCCUACCAUCGAGGAUUCUUAUCUGAAACACACUGAGAUUGAUAGCCAGUGGGCUAUCUUAGAUGUUCUGGACACUGCUGGCCAGGAGGAGUUUAGCGCCAUGAGGGAACAAUACAUGAGGACAGGCGAUGGCUUCCUCAUAGUGUUCUCUGUUACAGACAAGGCCAGCUUUGAGCAUGUGGAUCGCUUCCACCAGCUCAUCCUCAGGGUGAAAGACAGGGAAUCUUUCCCUAUCGUUCUAGUGGCAAAUAAAGUGGACUUGUUGCACUUACGGAAAAUCUCCAGUGACCAGGGGAAGGAAAUGGCUUCUAAACAUGAUAUAGCUUACAUUGAAACAAGUGCCAAGGACCCUCCCAUGAACAUUGACAAGGCUUUUCACGAGCUUGUCAGAGUCAUCAGGCAGGAGAUCCCAGACAGGACCCAGAAGAAGAAGAAGAAAACCAAGUGGCGCUCCGAGAGAUCCACCGGACCUCACAGACACCACUGUGUCAUCCUAUGAUUGCUCCGGGGCUCUCUGAGAAAGAGGGAUGAGGUGAGAGUGUCGAGUGUUUACACUCUUCCAACUGCCAAGGUGCUCCCUGGCACAGGGGCCAGUGACUCAGACCCAGCAGGCGUGCCUUCAGGCAGCAUGGGAAUGGCCCUAUAUGGAGAAGGAGAGGCUCCAUAGGAAGGAGAUCAACCUGACCACCUGGACAGUACUCUACAUCGAGGGAAUUGGUCUUGCACUCAUACUCCUCAACACAAACUGGUCACGAGCACACAAAGGCUAUCUAUAUAGAAAAGGCCUGUGAAUGUACUGUAAUGUGGCCAAUGUGUGAUUUGUGUUUUAUCGAGUAAUUAAAUGAAGAUGCAAGCAAUGGACGUCUGUAAGGGUAGUCCUUUCCGUAUCCCACAGCUACUGCAUUGUACGGAGCAGGGAGAGAGGGAGAGGAUGUGUCUGUUUGUGUUGGGAUCAGCAGGCCUGCCAGAGCAGCAGGGUGAAGGGGAAGUGAGGAAAGAGAAAAGCUGGCUGUCCCAAUGUCUCCCAGCUGGCACAAUGCAGCAGAGUCUGGGAGGCAGUCAAAGCUUUCACAGGGAGGGUUUCAAACAAACUAGUUGAAAUGUAGUCACAUAAUGAAAAGCACUUUACUGUACAGUAUGUCAUAAGUACCUCGCUUUCCCAUGGUGGUUGCCUAAAUAGUAAAGAUCAAUGCACUGUAUUAGUUUGACUUCUAACUGCAUUGUUUGACUGCAGUUAUUGGACUGCAGAGAUUAACUCUUAGUAAACAAUGUUGCCAAGAUUGUUUGAACAGCAGUGUGUUUUAUGUAUGUGCCCUGUCAUGCAUUUAUUUUUUGCGACAGAACUUUGCUUUGCCAAUGUUAUGUACUUCAGUAAUUUAUUGUUUUGUGUCAGCAAUAUAUAAGGGGUUUGUUGUAGCUCUGAACACUGAAAAAUGUAGUUUCAAAUGUGUUACAAUCAAUAAUACAAGUUACGGAACAUGUAAUUAUGGACUAUUUUCUUUCGUUUCUGGCUUUAAAGUUAUAUUAUUUAGGUUCAACUAAAAUUUCUGCGAAUAACAACAUAUGUUAACUAUUACAUUUCUGGUGCUUUCAUUUUAAAAUGGUGCAAUUAAAAUAGCUGACAUAAGUACCAUAUAGAAAGUACAUUACUACCUAAAUUACUAAAUACGUAACAGUUUUUUAAUGUAACUUAUGCUCAAUUAGGCUAUUUGGCCUUGCAGUGCCUACCAGUGGUUUUAUAUGGAACUGUGAACAUGAACACAAAUCUAUUUGAAAUAGGUCUGUCAAACAGGCACUGUGCUAGUUUAAGUAAAGAACAAACAGCUCAAACCAUAUGUCAGAUGACAAAUUGUCAUUUAGAAUUUACAUGCAUUAUUUUUCACAAAAUAAUGAAUAUGAUGGUUUUCCAUCAUUAAUUCAAAUGACCAAAUGUUUUAUACUGACCAGAUUAGAGACAGAUUUAUUUUAAAGAUGAUCUAUACCCU